AUGUCGAACUAUGCUAAGUUCAUGAAGGGUAUUCUAUCACGUAAGCUGAAUCUUGAGGACUUGGAGACUGUUGCUUUAACGGAAGAGUGUAGUGCGGUGUUGCAACAAAAAUUGCCUCCGAAACUUAAAGAUCCGGGAAGUUUCACAAUACCAUGCACUAUUGGCAAGUUAUAUUUCGACAAAUGCUUGUGUGACUUGGGAGCUAGUAUUAAUCUAAUGCCAUUAUCUGUCUUCAAGCAACUUGGUCUGCCGGAGCCGAAACCUACAAACAUGUCAUUAUCAUUGGCUGAUCAUUUUGUUACAUACCCGAGAGGUAUAGUGGAGGAUGUCUUGGUUAAAGUGGAUAAGCUCAUCUUCCCUGCUGAUUUUGUCAUCCUAGACUUCGAGGAGGAUAAGAAGAUUCCCAUUAUCUUGGAAAGGCCAUUCUUAGCUACAGGCCAAACUUUGAUCGAUGUGCAAAAAGGAGAGCUUACAAUGAGAGUUUAA